AAGUCAAACACUUCUCAAGUGUCCAGGACAGUGUGAUGUAUUUUCGGAUGAUGCGUGCAGAUCCCAGUAGGGUGGCCUUUUGCAGUUGGCAGAUUGUAAUUUUGUCAAUGUCUAUUGUUUCCAAAUUAUUAUUAUUUGAAACACAAGAUGAGUCCACCAGCAGACACUCUGUUGGCUGUUGAAUUGGAUCACUAUUGGGUUGGAUUAUUAUUAUUAUUAUACAGACACUGAGAACUGGGAGCCCCUGGCCCUUGAACUGGAGAUCAGCUGUGACGAGCAGUGCUGUGGAAUUCGAAGAGGCAUGAAUAGAGGACGAAAGGGAGAAACGUGCCAAGAGGAUACACAUGAAAUCCAUCCGUAGAUAUGACAGAUAGAUAGUAUACAUAUGGUUAUAUGAUUUUUUUUAUUUAUCGUAUCAGUCUCUCAUCUGGUCUCAGCCAGGUUCCCGUUUUUAGCCUGCCACUUUUGGACUCUUGCUUGCUGAGCGUAUCUCUAGAGCAGUUACUCUCUAUGGGCACAUGUAUAUCUGUUUGUGUAUAUAUGUAUGCUUAUCUGUGUAUGUAUAUUUGUGUAUAUGUUCAAGUAUAUCUGUAUAUAUGUAUUUGUGAAUGUAUAUCUGCGCUCUAACUGGAGGUCAGCUGUGACCGGCAGUGCUGUGGAAUUCGAGGAGGCAUGGAUAGAGGGCAAAAGGGAGAAACGUGCCAAGAGGAUGCACACCAAAUCCAUCCGUAGAUAUGACAGAUAGAUAGUAUACAUAUGGCUAUAUGAUUUUUUAUUUAUUGUAUCAUUCUCUCAUCUGGUCUCAGCCGGGUUCCCGUUUUUAGCCUGCCACUUUUGGACUCUUGCUUGCUGAGAGUAUCUCUGUAUAUUUUAGAGCAGUUACUCUCUAAGGAAAAUGGAAUGUUUGAGGACAGUAAAAGAGAUUUAAAGAUGGGUCUGAGAACUGGGAGGCCCUGGCCCUUGAGCGCUCUAAGUGGAGGUCAGCUGUGACCAGCAGUGCUGUGGAAUUCGAAGAGGCAUGAAUAGAGGACGAAAGGGAGAAACGUGCCAAGAGGAUACACACCAAAUCCAUCCACAGAUAUGACAGAUAGAUAGUAUACAUAUGGUUAUAUGAUUUUUUUAUUUAUCGUGUCAAGUCUCUCAUCUGGUCUCAGGCGGGUUCCCGUUUUUAGCCUGCCACUUUUGCUUGCUCCAGCAGCACUCUCUCCUGGCGUUUCGCCUGCAUCGCCUCCUUGAGGAACCAACCUGGGCACAUGUGUAUCUGUUUGUGUAUAUAUGUAUGCUUAUCUGUAUAUUUGUGCAUAUGUGUAAGUAUAUCUGUAUAGGUAAAGGUAAAGGUUUUCCCCUGACGUUAAGUCCAGUCUUGACCAACACUGGGGGUUGGUGCUCAUCUCCAUUUCUAAGCCGAAGAGCCGGCAUUGUCCGUAGACACCUCCAAGGUCAUGUGGCUGGCAUGACUGCAUGGAGCGCCGUUAUCUGUAUAUGUGUAUUUAUAUUUAUGUAUUUGUGUAUGUAUAUCUGGGCUCUAACUGGAGGUCAGCUGUGGCCAGCAGUGCUGUGGAAUUCGAAAAGGCACGAAUAGAGGGCGAAAGGGAGAAACGUGCCAAGAGGAUUCACACCAAAUCCAUCCAUAGAUAUGACAGAUAGAUAGUAUACAUAUGGUUAUAUGAUUUUUUAUUUAUUGUAUCAGUCUCUCAUCUGGUCUCAGCCGGGUUCCCGUUUUUAGCCUGCCACUUUUGGACUCUUGCUUGCUGAGCGUAUCUCUAGAGCAGUUACUCUCUAAGGAAAACGGAAUGUUUGAGGACAGGAAAAGAGAUUUAAAGAUGAGACUGAGAACUACAAAUUCUACCAACAUUCUAUAGCUUUAGAACGGGUUCCCGUUUUUAGCCUGCCACUUUUGGACUCUUGCUUGCUGAGCGUAUCUCUGUAGAUUUUAGAGCAGUUACUCUCUAAGGAAAAUGGAAUGUUUGAGGACAGUAAAAGAGAUUUAAAGAUGGGUCUGAGAACUGGGAGGCCCUGGCCCUUGAGCGCUCUAAGUGGAGGUCAGCUGUGACCAGCAGUGCUGUGGAAUUCGAAGAGGCAUGGAUAGAGGGCGAAAGGGAGAAACGUGCCAAGAGGAUUCACACCAAAUCCAUCCAUAGAUAUGACAGAUAGAUAGUAUACAUAUGGUUAUAUGAUUUUUUUAUUUAUCGUAUCAGUCUCUCAUCUGGUCUCAGCCAGGUUCCCGCUUUUAGCCUGCCACUUUUGGACUCUUGCUUGCUGAGCGUAUCUCUAGAGCAGUUACUCUCUAUGGGCACAUGUAUAUCUGUUUGUGUAUAUAUGUAUGCUUAUCUGUGUAUGUAAUCCAUCCAUAGAUAUGAUAGAUGCAUAUGAUGAUAGGAUAGAGAUCUCUAGAGUUGGGACCAUCCGAGCUCUCCGGACAGAUGGCCAGGCAGAAGGCAGGCAGUAGCGUAGAGGCCUGGGGCGGGAAGAGAACAGAGGGAGAGCAGAGCAGGGCAGGGCGAGGCAGAGGGCGUGCCGUCCCCUUUCCCCGGGAUAAGAGGCCUGUCCGGAGAGAGCUGCAGGCGGACAGGGCAGGGCAGGGAUGGCGGCCUCGCUCGUCCUGCUCUCGGCUCUGCUGCUCUUGAUCCUACUGCUUUGGGGCUGCUGCCGGUGGGCGCUGGGCCCGGAGCGGCUGCUGCGUGGGCCCGAGGCGGUGGGCUACCUGCCGGAGCCGGGAUGGAGCCGUGCCCAGUCUGCCCGCCGAGCACGAAGGGCCCGCCAAGCAGGACACCCUCGCCCGCCACCCUUCCCAAACGGGUGGUUCUGCCUCUUGCAAGCCGACAGCCUCGCGCCUGGACAGACAAGAGCCCUCGCCGCCCUCGGGGAGAACUUUGCCGUCUUCCGGGACACAGAGGGGCGAGUGCACGUGGUGGACGCCUACUGCCCUCACUUGGGGGCCCACCUGGCCGUGGGGGGCCGCGUGGUGGGCAGCUGCAUCGAGUGUCCCUUCCACGGCUGGCAGUUCCACGGAGAAGAUGGGCGCUGCACCCGCAUCCCCUACGCCGAGAAGGUGCCCACGUUUGCAAAGGUCAAAGUGUGGCCCUCGUGCGAAGUGAGCGGCAUGAUCCUGGUCUGGUACCACUGUGACGGCCUGGGCCCCACCUGGCAAGUCCCGGAGCACCAGGAGAUGCUGUCGCACGAGUGGGUCUUCCGUGGCAUCACCGAACACUACGUCAGCGCACACAUUGAGGAAAUCCCAGAGAACGCAGCUGACGUGGCCCACCUGGCCUUUCUCCACGGGCCCUCCAUCCUGAGCGGAGUGGACCUCCGGUACAGCAACACACCGUUCUGGGCCUUCUUCAAGCAUUACUGGCAGGCGCAAUGGCAGGCGGAGCCAGAGCCGGAGGCACACUGUUCCACAUUGUUCAUGAAGCACCACGUCACCGUGUUUGGCAAGCGCCUCCGCCUCCUCGACCUGACCGUGCACGUCAAGCAGGUGGGGCCUGCCCUGGUCUUCAUUGUCUUUGAGCACCCGUUCCUGGGCCGGGGGGUCAUCAUCCAGAGCGUGACCCCCGUGGAGCCCCUCCUGCAGCAGGUGGUCCACCGGAUGUACUACCAGCGCAACAUCCCGGCCGUCGUGCCCAGGUUCAUCCUCUGGGGGGAGCGUGUACAGUUUGAGCGGGAUGUGAUGAUCUGGAACAACAAGCAGUAUCGCUCCAAGCCACUGCUGGUGAAGGAGGACGGGCCGAUCCAGAGGCACCGGCGCUGGUACGCCCAGUUCUACAGCGAAAACAGUGUGCCAAGUGGCCCAGCUGACGGCUUGGACUGGUGAUGUCCUUGGGCCUCUCUUCUGGGCUUUCCCCGAUCCAGUGGAGGAGGAGCUCGGGUGGCCAAGGCAGGGACCCCAUCCAUGGGCUGGAGCUGAACUUCCACCACUGUGUUUUCGACCAACUGACUGUACCGCUUGGGAGGCCACUGGGUCUUCCGGGAAAGCCUUGCGAUACUUGGGGUGCUGCUGCUUCCGCUCUCUGCUUGUGGUUGCUCCUUCUCGGGCCUUUGUGACCCCAAGCUUUGAAGGGAGUGCCAGGAAUCCCCCCGGCGUUGAACCAAGAGGGGCUUUGUGCGUGUGGUUCUGUGGGCAGGGGGCUGCGGACACUACAAGGCGGAGGGCAGGUGGCCUCUUGGGAAGGGCCAGGGUUUGCGUCCUCAGACCAAGAGAAGCAAAGGGCUCCCUGCAGCCUCCAGCCUUUCGGCCACAUUUGUAGAAAGGCUGAAACCGGGGCCGAAGCCUUCAAGACUCCGAGAAGCCACCCAAGUGCCUUUCGAGGGUGGACACUGUGGCCCUUGGACAGUGAAGACGGGCGUUUUGGGUGCCGCAAAUAAAUCUCAGGAGUGGCCAGGCCCCCUCUUUCAUUGCCUUGGCCUCACAAAUGGGAUGCAUGGGGAGUAUUGCGCUGACCUGUUAUUCCCUGUGAUGUCUGCAUUUUGGCCACUCGGUCAAGCUCUUGCAUUUCCUUCCUUGGAACAAAAAAAGGUAAUCCCACCCCCCAGAUUUCUGCCUGCCCCCCCCCCCCCCCGUCCCCCACAGAGAACACAGGAGCCAAGAGUUCCUUGUUUAUUAUUAACACACAGCAAGCGUGACAGUAGAUAACUUUCCUCUUUUUAAAUACAGUACAUGGAUGCGCAGGAGGGCCGGCGCCCGCUGCCGCCCACCGCCCCUCCCUCCUCGAUCACGACGACAAGCCAGUGGCGGCCGUUUUUAUAAAAAUAGUGUGUCGCUACAAAAGUAUAAAUUAAUGCUACCGGUAUUAAGAAAUAUUAAACACAGUAAAACUUAUAAGGAUUAAGAAAAAUAUUCAUUAAUACCUGUAGAAAACUCUGGCCUAAAAAAUAUUCUUGUAUAUAUUUUUAAAACUUUUUUUUCUGUAAUUUUUUUUUUAAGAUGACUUUUAGAUUUCUGUAACUCCCUCGGGGAGGGGGGGGGCUGGCGAAGGCGCCCUUGGUAUUGCCGGGAACGGGGUCAGGUGGCUCAGGUGGGAGAGGGCACAGGGGUGGGGUCUCCUUCCAAGGCCCCCUCACCUCGCCCCACAGAAACAGGACAUGCACACGGGGAAGGAGGGAGAGGCUGCUCCGGGUCUCAUUCUCACGAAGGGCCCUUUCCCUGCAAAUGGUCAACCAGUCUCCUGCAAAGGCAGUGAUGACCAUGGGGCUGGGGAAGGGGGUAGGAGGCGAGGGGGCCACUGGGCUGCCCCACGCUCUUCUCUUCAUUGGGUCCGCCUUCGGUGGAUUCGGGAAAGCCCACCCCAUCAGGGUCCCCCGCAGGGGCAGCUAGGGCCGUAAAGGGCACCCCAGGCUGCCGAGGGGGCGCAGGCCCUUUCCCUUUGACUCUGGGUUGGGGGCAGAGAGUGGAGCGCUCACAUUCUCUCCCAAACCUCUCUGUGGGGAGAAAGGUGCUUUCUGGAUGGAGCACCGUCUUGCUUCUGAACAUGUUCUCUGAACAUCUGAAUGUUCUGCCUUGAGCCCCAGCCUACCUUCUCAAGGGCCUCACACCACUGGGUGAAUGGGUUGGACCCUCUCCCCACUCUUGUGGGGUUCCCUUUAGGCCCAGCCCCCCAGAAAAGCCCCUUUGCGGGGCAAGGGGUGUCUGCUGGAGAAGCCAGUCCCCCCAAGAGCAUGGUUUCCUGUUUGAGGGAAUGCCCUGUCCCCGCUCCCCAGUUUGGCCUGUCAGUUCCAGUGUGUGAAUGGGGCGGCCCUCCCAGCACUCGCCUCCCAUGAAAGCCCACACUCCGAGUUGCUCAGUGCAGAGAUGAGCAUGAGGUUUUCCAGCCCCCCCCCCCCCCCCCCCC